AUGCACAUCCUCGUAGUCAACGACGACGGCCCCCCCUCGCAGCAAUCCUCCCCCUACGUCCACUCCUUCAUCCACACGCUCCAAACCCACGGCCACACCGUCUCCGUCGUCCUCCCGCACAUCCAGCGCUCCUGGAUCGGCAAGGCCCACCUCGCCGGCCGCCGCCUCACACCAACCUACUUCCGGCCCGGGACCCUGCACACCGACGACGGCACAACGCACACGCGGCCGCGCACCGACGGCGGGGAGGAAUGGGUGCUCGUCGACGGCACGCCGGCCUCGUGCACGCAGAUCGGGCUCAACCACUACUUCCAGGACCGCGGGAAAAUUGACCUGGUCGUGUCGGGCCCAAACUACGGGCGCAACUCGACGUCGCUGUUUAGUCUGAGCUCGGGCACCAUUGGCGGCGCGAUGGAGGGCGCGGUGUGUGGUGUCAAGAGCGUGGCGCUGAGUUAUGCGUUCUUUGACCGCAACCAUGAUCCGGCGGUCAUUAAGGGCGCAUCGGAGAUCAGUGUGAGGGUCGUCAAGUAUCUGUAUGAGAACUGGGCGGAGGGCGUGGAUUUGUAUACGGUGAAUGUGCCGCUGAUCUUGGGCGUUGAUGGGGAGGGGACGAAGAUCCUAUAUACGAAUAUCUUGCAGAACUAUUGGACGAUGGGGUCGUCGUUUGAGGAGGUCGAGGCGAACGAUGAGCUGGAUCCGGACGAGAGGGAGAUGCAGAUCAGGGAGGGUGGUGAGCGCGGGGAGGGCGCCGACCUGAAGGUCGUGGGGCUGAAGCAUAAGACGUUUCAGUGGGCGCCGAAGUUUGCGGAUGUGUAUAAGAGUGUGGAGGAGGCGCCGCCGGGCAAUGAUGGAUGGGCGGUGAAGGAGGGGCAUGUUAGCGUGACGCCGUUGAAAGCUAACUUCAUGCAUUUCGAUGGACUCAUCGGGGGCGAGAUUAAGCUACCCCAAACCAGCACCCUCGCAGUAAGAGAGCAAUCAGCAGCAGUAGAGCAAGCCCCCUACUACGCCCUCGUAGACUACUCCGACCCCUACGUCCGCCCCCGCAUCAUCGCCGCCCUCCAAAAACACCUCCCCCAAAUCCAAAUCCUCUCCUCCACCCCUACCCCACCAUUAGACCCCACGGCAAAGAUCCUCCACUGGUCCUCCUACGAGGCCAUCCCCUUCGAGGACAUCCUCGCCCACCCCGACACGGCCCUCUGCUGCUCCUACAUCAUCCGCAAAGCGCUCAUCCGCAAGCACUACCUCUCGCACACCCUCGCCUCCUGGACCACGAAGCACCCGACCUCCAUCCUCGCAACGGCGGCGUCGACAACAUGUGAGCUCGAGCUCGACUACGCAGAGUACCUCGACGAGGCCCUCGCAGAGGCAUAUGAGCUGCGCGACUCCCUCGCCGCCAACGACGACAAGCCCGCGGAGCAGCGAGAGUGGUGGAUCCUGAAGCCGGGAAUGAGUGACCGCGGGCAGGGCAUCCGGCUGUUCUCGACGCUGCCGGAGCUGGAGGCCGUGUUUGAAGAAUUCGAGGGCGACACCACCGACGAAGACGAAGACGAAGCCGACGACACCAACAACAACAACACCAACGACAACGACGCCUGGGGCGUCGAGAACGGCAACGCGGUCACGACCCCCAUCUCCGACGCGGCCGCAACCGCAUCCGGCAUCGUCACAAGCCAGCUCCGCCACUUCGUCGCCCAGUCCUACAUCCACCCGCCGCUACUCAUCAACAACACAAAGUUCCACAUCCGCACCUACGUGCUCGCCGUCGGCGGGCUGCGCGUCUACGUGUUCCGCCGCAUGCUCGCGCUGUUUGCAGGGCGGCCAUACGUGGCGCCGUGGGAGGAGAGCGCCGACCUCGCCGGGCACCUGACGAACACCUGCUUACAGAGCGGCGAGCGCGACGGGAGCGUCCGGCUCUUUUGGGACCUUGCUGGUGAUGUGGCGGGUGGCCGGGAGGCGUUGGAGGGCGUGUGGGGUAAGAUUCAGCGUGUUGUGGGCGAGACGUGGGAGGCCGCGGCGAGGGGGCAGAGGGUCCAUUUUCAGGCGCUGCCGAAUGCGUUUGAGGUAUUUGGGGUGGACUUUUUGGUGGAUGCGGGGAUGGGCGUGUAUUUGCUCGAGGUGAAUGCGUAUCCGGAUUUUAAGCAGACGGGGGAGGAGUUGGGCGGGGUGAUUGAGGGGUUGUUUGAGGGCGUGGUGGAGAGGGCUGUGAUGCCGUUUUUGGGGGUAGGUAAGGAGGAGGGGGAGGACGGGGAGAGUGAGAUGGUGAAGGUGUUGGAUGUGGAGUUGGGGAGUUGGUAG